AUGGGGACCUGCCGUCAUGCUGUCUGCCUCAGCCUCAGCCAUCUCGGGCAUCUCGGCUUUGUGAUGCUGGUGCUGGCAGCAGCGCUGGUGCAGUUUAUCCUCUCUGACGACGACUUCAAGGACGGGACGAGCCCGGAGGCGGACCCUCCCAGGCCUGCAGCGGUCGACAUGCCGCCGAGCAGCUACUUGAGCGGAGGCUUCGACCGACGGAAGAUGCUGCAGCCGAGCUUCGGGCAGACGUUCAAGGCGAAGCGAGUGGGAGCAUGUCAGGAGGAGUAG